AUGGGUGCCGCAUUGCCGGCAGGACUGUCCAGUUGGAUGCAGUCCUCCUGUCGGCGCCGCCAGCCUGCCGGCGCGAGCAGCAGGAAUGCCGCUCCGGCGCCCAGACCGCCUGGGGUGCCUUCGGCAGAGGAGCUGAGGGAUACCUGGCUACUGGCAGUGCAGGAGGAGGACGCGGCGGCGGCCGGCUACUGCGCGCGGAUCUGCGAGUCCUUGCGGGGCGCUGAGGCCUUUGCAGCAACCGAUGGGCUGGAUGCUUUCAUUUCGGUGGCCAUGGGCCAGUCCACGAAGGGCAGCGGCGGUGGCCUGAUGGUGGCGCUUGCUCAGGCCCUGAUGAUGGAUAUGACCGCUUUCAAGGAGGCGGUCUUCGAAACCUUGUGUGCAGCAGCACACUGGCCAUCGUUGAAGGGCCGCAUCGCCGGCUCGGGUGUGCUGGGCGUUAUCACGGCCACGCUGCUCUCGCCCCGGCACCCGGCCUCCGUCAAGGCCCUGAUGGUCCGGCUUUGUGGGCUUCUGGCUGCGGACUCCUUGGAGGCCAUCAGCCUGGGCGACCCUCGCCGAGCCGAGGAGUUUGCCAAGCUCAGGGGCCAGCUGAUAUCGUCCGGCGGGGUCAAGGCCAUCGUGAGCUUGGCAGCUACCGAGGGCCUGGCCGCUCCAGCCGCAGCCACGACCGUUGCGCAGCUGGCCUGCGCGGGAGACACGGCCAUCCGCAGCGAGCUGCUCCAAGCGGAUGCCGUCCCAGCACUCCUCCGUUGCGUGGCACGAAUGUCAGAGGCCCAAAGUGAGGAGACCGCAGACGACAGCGAUGUGGAGAUGGAGGAGGAUACAGCACCGGAGGCUGCUGCUGCUGCCAUCGCCCGGCUCCUGGCGUUCGAAGGCGAUGGCUGCCAGGAGAUGACUUAUCCUGUGGCUUUCAUCACGGCUCCUCUUUGCGAGGAGCUGCUAGCGCCAGUGCUGCAGCCCAGCGCCUUGAAAGACUUCUGUGACCUGCUGCACGUCUCCGGGAAGCGCCGAGCGGUGGAGCAGGUUUUGAGGUGCCUGGAGCUGGCGGGGUCCCGCCACGAUGCCUGGCCCCCACUGGAGCCCGAGCUCUGCGAGGAUCUGCGCAAGAUGCUGGUUUUUCGGAGCGAUGUGGCCGCAAACUACCUGCAAGCGCUGCACGGCCACUAUGGGGCCAAAGCGACGCUGCGGUGUUUUGGGGACCUGAAGUCUUUGCAGCGAGCCCUGGAGGCCUAUUCGCUUCCAAGUGCCUCCGCUUUGCUGGAAAGCUUGGCUGCCACCCAGGCGUGCGGCCAGUGCGGCGUGAUUCCUCAGAAUCUCAUGGCCUGUGGCCGAUGCGGGCAAAUCGCAUAUUGCUCGCGUGAGUGUCAGAGGCAGCAUUGGAAGCUUCACAAGCAGGCGUGUAGCCAGAAGAAGGAAGAACCAGCCUAG